AUGCUGAGGACCCAGCUGAGGGACAUGGAGACCAAGUUAAAGUCACUCGAAGAAACUCAUUCUCAAAACCUAGCAUCAUUGUUUUCGCAACACAGCAAAGAGAUUGAGGAAAUCAAGGCAAGCGCUUCUGAGCUCAAAGAAGGUGGAUUAAACGAAGAAGCGCAACAAGAAGUACAGAUGCUGCAGCAAGCAAUGGACGAUACUAUGCAAGAGUUGGCAGAGCAACAUCAGGCCAUAGAAAAGGAAGCUGAAACAAGAGUUCUUCGGUUGAUAGACACGUUGCUUAAAGUAAGCUCUGAUCGUCUACGUGAGUUCGUUUUCAACCUUGAGUCUCCAGUAUACUCUAAUACUGACAUUCCGACUGCAGAGUACCUGGGUACCAUGUUGGAGAGAGUUUCCCACUUGAGUACUCAGUUUUCCACCACCAUGACAGAUUACAUCGCAGAUAAUAUGAAAGGAGAAAGUGAAAGUGGCCUCAUCAAAGCUAUCAUAGAGCUUACUGAUUCGAUAGGCAAUUUGUUCUCAAAUGUUAAGGCGGUUCUUCGUGAUCGUAAGGAUGACGUGCAGGAAAUUCUGGUCGAGGGCUCAAAAGACCUUGCUCAUAUGGUUGAGCUAUUUUUCGAGUCGAUGCUUAGCAACCAUUUGUUGAAGCUGGAAAUUCAUGAAAGGACCGACAGAGUCAUCACUGGCAACAUCAAUGUACAAGAAGUUAUUCAAAGCUUGAUGCAGGUCGUCGAAGUAUUCAGGGACCCCGGUAGGAAAACCCCAGUCUCCUCCGACGAACUUGGCUACUUCUUAGACAAGGAGCUUGCAAACACACAAGCAGCAGUUGAGAAGGCAGCUGGCCUACUUGAGUCAAUGUCAACCCGACACAAGCUGGAGGUCCAGGAGGAUGGUUCCCUCGAGGUGAACGAAGCAAUCAUUUCUUGCGCUAGUGCUAUCAUAAAUGCUGUCAAGUUGCUGUUGGAAGCUUGCAUAGAUGCACAGGAGGAAAUCGUAUCUCGUGGAAGGGGGUCCAUGUCCAGAGCUUUAUUCUACAAGAAGAAUAAUCGCUGGACCGAAGGUCUUAUAUCUGCCUCCAAACAAGUUGCUUACGCAACUGGUAUACUCAUUAGAAUGGCAGACGGCGUUUUAGCCGGAACAAACUCAAGUGAGGAGCUGAUUGUCGCAUCUAACGAAGUUGCAUCGGCCACUGCACAGCUAGUCUCAUCUUCCCGUGUUAAGUCCGAUCUAAUGUCACAAAGCCAUUUAAAUUUGGAGGAAGCAUCAAGGAAAGUCACAUCUUCCUGCAAAAUGUUAGUCACCAAGGUUAGGAGUCUUUUGCUCUCCGACGAAAGCAAUAAAACGGUUGAUUACUCGCAACUCACCGCCCACGAGAACAGAACAGCUGAGCUCGAACAGCAGGUUGAGAUACUCAAACUCGAAAGCGCACUUUCUCACGCUAGGAAACGGUUGGGUGAAAUUAGAAAAUUCAGCUACAGAGAUGAAGAAUCCUAG